AUGCCCCUCCGAAAGAGCCGGGCGGCAGCAGCCUGCAAUUAUUGUCGCGACAAAAAGCUCAAGUGCGAUGCUCAAAAACCCACAUGCGGUCAUUGCGCAGCUAAGGGUAUCGAUUGCCAACAGGGCCCAAUUCGACACAAGCCAAGGCCAACUAAUCGUCGCAUCGCGCAGUUGGAGCGUGAAAAUGCGUUACUUCGUCAACAAGGGGGUCGGAUUCCAGAAGGCAAUGUCCUCCUAGGCGAUGAACCAUCCAUGAUAUCCACGGAUGCUUCUUUCACAAUGAGCCCAUCUCGAGGUCAAGUGGAACUCUCAAUAUCUCAGGCUGAUUCCUCGCCGAUUGAUCGACCAACCGUUUUAAGCAAUGGUUCUUCUCAUCCGGAAGCACCCGAUAGCGAUCAUCUCAAAAGCGCUACGUCGCUCUACCAUGGUCCGACCAGCGCUGUUUACGACGACACGGAGAUUUCUGGAAAUAACAACGAUUCUACAGAGUGGUCCAAAUCACCAAUGAGUGAGGAAUGGACCCGGAGCCAUUUGUUUGCAGAAACAGCAAAGCAAAGACAAUUAGAACUGUUGAACUUCUCCGCCGGAAAGCUCGAUUUUGAUGGGUUUGACCCGGAAAUUGGAAUGCACCUUUUGUCAAUAUACUGGUGUCGCCAACUCUAUACAGCGCAGAUCAUCUACCGCCCGGCUUUUAUGAGAGAUAUGGCUUGUAAUGGGCCUUAUUUCUCAAAAUUGCUUCUUAAUGCCAUUCUCUUCACCGUUUCCAAGCACUGUGCGCGACCUGAACUCCGCUCGGAUCCGGACGACAUCAAAACGGCCGGGUGGAGUUUUCGCCAAAGAUUCACGGAGCUUUUACGGGACAGCUUCGACAAAAGCGAUAUCACUACACUCCAAGCACUGCUUAUCAUGUCCAACUCUCUAUUUUCUAGAUGUGACGAACGAAGUUUAUCUUGGUUAUACGCGGGGAAUGCAUUCAAUAUGAUCAUCGAUCUGGGGCUACAUGUGCUUCCUUCUCCAAGCAAGAUGUCGCCGGAAGACCUUGAAAUUCGGAAGCGUGUUGUAUGGGGUGCAUACUCCAUCGACAAAAUUCAGUGUCUCUACCAAGGGAGGCCACCACUUCUUCGCUACAUGAACUUCAAGGCACCAUUGAACUUCCUCGACGACUAUGACGAGCUCGAUCCCUUCCAGGAAAUAACAUAUACUCCGUUCAAGCGGCAGUCAGUCAUACCGUCAUUGAAUGUUUCCUUGUUAACAAAAUUAUGCGAACUAUCAAUCAUCAUCGAUCGCAUCCUUUGCGAACUCUACUCCGAGUCACAGGAGAUGAGCCAAAGCCAAAGCCAGAUUAUUUCUGACGACAUCAACUCGGAACUUGGAAGGUGGCGACGAAAUCUACCACCCCAGCUUGAUUAUCUUUCUCAUCCCAGUGAAUGCGUUCUUCUCCCCCAAGCAUUCUGCCUCUUAGCCCUAUUUGAUGUCCUAAUAAUUCUCUCACAACGACCGUUAUUCACGGGAAGUUACGGUCAAGCCGCUGGUCAGGAAGCAGCCUACGAAUCCGUGAACGUGUGCACAACAGCCGCGAAUCAAAUCGUUCAGAUUCUUCGUGACUAUUCCCAGCAUUUCUCCAUCAGCAGUGCGCCGUAUAUGCUGUCAUACGCAACGUAUAUCAGCGCAACGAUCCACGCCAGAGUUGUAGCUCAAAAGGGCCGAAACUCAAAUUCUUAUCAAUCGUUGCUGCUUUGUCGGACUAUCCUCAAGGAGCAUCAGUGUCUGUACGCGGCUGCGGGUAAAGCCCGAGCUAACCUGAACAAGCUCGUGCAGCAUCUCAAGAUCAGUAUCACUGAAGGUGAUGAGCAAAUAUCUGCUCCUGUGGGUAAUAGUGGCAAUAACCAGUUCAUUAUACAGGAACCCUUGCCGGCCUUUGGUGCAUCUAAUCUUGCACCGCAGACUAUGGAGCUACAAUCGCCGCAGUUGAAUUGGGAACUCUCAGAUUUGGAUCUUGAGGCUAUUGCCGAAGGUUUCCGUCUUGGCGGUGAGCUGGAUUAUUUGAUGCGACCAUCUGGAAUAUGA